GCUGAUUAUACAACAAAGCAUAACAGUUUCUCUAUGUACCUCUCCUAUUGAGAAUCACUUUCUAAUUCCAUUUGAUUUAGGGAGAAAAUCCAGGACAUCCUUCAAGCCACAACAGAUACAUUUUACAACUGACUUGCGCCUCAAGGCAGAACAUUGGGUUAUAAACUCAUUCAAACUCAUAUCUCAAACUCAAACUCAUAAACUCAUAUUCAUCACAUGAAUUGUGAUACCUGUGGUAAUUCCUGUUGUUGUUGACUUCUGAGCCAUGGCUUUUUCUGACCUGCUGGAGCAGGUUGGCAGCACAGGGCGCUUCCAGGUCGUGCAUGUCACCCUGUUGAGUAUGCCCAUCCUGAUGAUGGCCAGCCAUAACCUGCUGCAGAAUUUUGUGGCCGCUGUGCCACCGCACCACUGCGCCCCCCACGCCAACAUUUCAAUGUCCUCCAUGAGUGCUAGGGACGUGCUGCAGGCCACUGUGCCCUUGGGCACAAACGGCAAACUGGAACGCUGCAGACGCUACGCACAUCCUCAAUGGCAGCUUCUGAGCAGCAACAGUUCAGAGAUCCUAUGGGAAGAGGGUGUGGAAGAGAUAGAGAUGCAGAGUUGUGAGGAUGGAUGGUACUACAACACGACAGAAAUGAGUUCAACUAUCAUUACUGAGUGGGAUUUGGUUUGUGACCAGCGUGCCCUAAAGCAAAUGAGUCAAACUACCUAUAUGGGAGGCGUCCUUGUGGGAGCAGUACUUUUUGGGGGACUUUCUGACAGGUUUGGCCGGCGUGUUUUAUUGUUGAUCUCUAACCUGAUGAUGGCGGUUGGAGGAACAUGUGCUGCCUUCUCCACCUCCUUCACCAUGUUUUGCAUAUUCCGCGUUUGCUGUGGCAUGGCCCUGUCUGGUUUGGUACUCAACUCCUUCUCUCUAAUUGUGGAAUGGAUCCCCACGCGUGUGCGGACGGUGGUGGGCACAGGAACGGGCUACUGCUACACCACAGGCCAGCUGAUCCUGGCAGCCGUCGCUUACUGCAUCAGAGACUGGCGCUGGCUCACACUGGCCGUCUCUCUGCCUUUCUAUGUGUCCUUCCUCUACUCAUGGUGGUUCUUAGAGUCUGCUCGGUGGCUGGUCCUGACCAAGAGAUCAGAGCAGGCAGUAAAAAACCUCAAAACGGUGGCUCGCAUAAAUGGACGGCAUGCAGAAGCUGACAAAAUCAACCUUGAGAUGUUGCAAGAGUCCAUGAAGAAGGAGAAGGCCUGUUCGAAGGGGUCUUACAGCGCUCUAGACCUCCUGCGCACAUCCUCAAUGAGAACCAUCACCGUGUGCCUCAGCGCAGUCUGGUUCUCAACCAGCUUCGCCUACUACGGCCUCUCCAUGGAUCUGCAGAAAUUUGGGGUCAGCAUUUACCUUAUCCAGAUCAUCUUUGGAGCGGUGGAUAUACCAGCCAAAAUCUUGGUUACGAUAUCCAUGAGCAUGUUAGGACGAAGACCAUCUCAGUGCGGAGCUCUUGUACUGGCUGGUGUAAUCAUACUCAUUAAUCUUCUGGUGCCUUAUGACCUGCAAGUGUUACGCACCAGUCUGGCAGUGAUAGGGAAGGGCUGCCUGGCUGCGUCCUUCAACUGCUGUUACCUGUACUCUGGAGAGCUGUAUCCCACAGUCAUCCGUCAAAACGGAAUGGGAUGGGUGUCCAUGAUGGCUCGGUUUGGAGCGAUGGUGGCCCCCAUGGUGCUGCUUCUUGGGGAGGAUUUCCCAUGGCUGCCUGGUUUUAUCUACGGAGGAGCUCCGAUUCUCAGUGGGAUCUUCGCCUUCUUUCUCCCAGAAACCCUUGCACAACCUUUGCCUGAUACUAUCCAGGAUGUGGAUGAUAGAGGUUUUGCAUGGAAAAAAGCCAAAAGAUUACCUGAAAAAGAGGAUUUGUCCAAGAAGGAUCCCAGCUGUGUUCUCCUGAAAGAGUCUGUCUGAGAUGGUCACUUUACAGCAUCUAAAAGAGUUUUGGAACACAAAUAGAGAUGAUCAUUGCCAUACAGAAGAGAACUUUAGAGUUAAUAUGAUGAAAACAACCAAAAGUUAUGUUAUGUUAAGUUUCCUUGAAUUUGAAUGAUAAAUGUUGUGGAGUAUCUACUUAUUUUUCUGACUGUAAUUAAUAUGUUAAAAAUAUUAUUUACUUGUACAGAGUGAGAGAAA